AGGUCGGGGUAAAGGCGAGGACCCCCGCGCUGCGAGUGGGCGCUGCUGCGGCGGCGGAGCGGGCCGGAGACCGGGCGGCUCGGGAUGCAGGCGCGCAGGGCGACCCCUCGCCGUGCCGCGGGGCUCCUCGCGCUGCUCCUCCCCUGCUUCGGGCUGGUGCAGCCUUCGGACCGCACAGGUAAUGAUGCAUUCACCAUUGUCAGUGAAAACACAGGCAAGUGCAUCAAGCCGCUGGAUAACUGGAUAGUGGCAAAGGACUGUGAGGAAACUGGGGAUCUGCGAUGGAAGUGGGUGUCCCAGCAUCGGCUGUUCCACUUACAAUCCCAGAAGUGCCUUGGUCUAGACAUUACCCAGCCUGUAGUCACCCUGAGAAUGUUCAGCUGUGACUCUAACGCCAUGCUGUGGUGGAAGUGUGAUCACUACUCUCUGUAUAGUGCUUCCCAGUACAGGCUGACUCUAAAGGACGGAUAUGCCAUAGCCAGCACAAAUACAUCUGACAUCUGGAAGAAAGGAGGCUCUGAGGAAAGCAUUUGUGCCCAGCCUUACCAUGAGAUAUAUACCAGAGAUGGGAAUUCCUAUGGGACACCUUGUGAAUUUCCAUUUUUAGUUAAUGGAACAUGGCAUCAUGACUGCAUUCUUGAUGAAGAUCAUAGUGGGCCAUGGUGUGCUACCACCUUAAAUUAUGAAUAUGAUCAAAAAUGGGGCAUCUGCUUAAAACCAGAAAAUGACUGUGAAGGUAAUUGGGAAAAGAAUGAGCAGACCGGAAGUUGCUACCAAUUUAAUACGCAGGCAAUUCUUUCUUGGAAAGAAGCUUAUGUUUCAUGUCAGAGUCAAGGAGCUGACUUACUGAGCAUCAAGAGUGCUGCUGAAUUAACUUAUCUUAAAGGAAAGGAAAACAUUCCUAAAAGUUUCUGGAUUGGACUAAAUCAGCUGUACUCUGCCAGAGGCUGGGAAUGGUCAGACCACAAGCCAUUAAACUUUCUCAACUGGGACCCAGAUAUACCAAGUGCACCUAUAAUAGGUGGGUCAAGCUGUGCAAGAAUGGACGCCGAGUCUGGACUGUGGCAGAUGAUUUUCUGUGAAGCUAAACUACCCUACAUCUGCAAAAAACCAUUGAAUAAUACAACGGAAUUAACAGACGUUUGGACAUAUUCAGAUACCCGCUGUGAUGCAGGCUGGCUGCCAAAUAAUGGAUUUUGCUAUCUACUAGUAAAUGAAAGUGGUUCCUGGGAUGAGGCACAAAUAAAAUGCAAAGCGUUCAGUGGUGACCUCAUCAGCAUUCAUUCGUUAGCAGAUGUGGAGGUGGUUGUCACAAAACUCCAUAAUGGGGAUGCCCAAGAAGAAACAUGGACAGGCCUCAGGAACAUAAAUAUACCAACUUUGUUUCAGUGGUCAGAUGGCACUGAAGUCACUCUGACAUACUGGGAUGAGAAUGAGCCGAAAGUUCCCUACAAUAAGACACCCAACUGUGUUUCCUAUUUAGGAAAGCUAGGUCAGUGGAAAGUCCAGUCAUGUGAAGAGAAGCUUAAAUAUGUAUGUAAGAAAAAGGGAGAAAAAAUGAAUGAUUCAAAGUUGGAUAAGAUGUGUCCUCUAGGUGAGGGCUGGAAAAGACAUGGAGAAACCUGUUACAAGAUUUACAAGGAUGAGGUCCCUUUUGGAACGAACUGCAAUCUGACUAUCACUAGCAGAUUUGAACAAGAAUACCUCAAUGAUAUGAUGAAAAAGUAUGAUAAAUCUCUUCAAAAAUACUUCUGGACUGGCCUGAGAGAUGUAGAUUCCCAUGGAGAAUAUAGUUGGGCAACAAUGGGGGGAGUAAAGCAAGCUGUAACCUUUUCCAAUUGGAAUUGGCUUGAGCCAGCAUCUCCAGGUGGGUGUGUGGCUAUGUCUCCUGGAAAGUCUCUUGGCAAGUGGGAAGUGAAAGACUGUAAAAACUUCAGAGCACUUUCAAUCUGCAAGAAAAUAAGUAAACCCCUGGAACCUGAAGAAGCGGCCCCCAAGCCCGAUGGCCCUUGUCCUGAAGGCUGGCAUACUUUCCCUUCCAGUUUUUCUUGUUAUAAGGUAUUUCAUGUAGAAAGAAUUAUAAGGAAGAGGAACUGGGAAGAAGCUGAAAGAUUCUGCCAAGCUCUUGGAGCACACCUUCCCAGCUUCGGUCAUAUGAAUGAAAUAAAGGAAUUUCUUCACUUAUUAAAGGAACAGUUCAGUGUCCAGCGUUGGCUGUGGAUAGGUUUGAAUAAAAGGAGCCCAUAUUUACAAGGAUCCUGGCAGUGGAGUGAUAAUACACCAGUGUCUACUAUUAUCAUGGAAAGUGAGUUUCAGGAGGAUUAUGACAUCAGAGACUGUGCUGCUGUCAAGGUUAGUCACAGCCCUUGGCGAAGAAGUUGGUAUUUUUAUGAUGAGAGAGAAUAUAUUUAUUUGAGGCCUUUUGCUUGUGAUGCGAAACUUGAAUGGGUGUGCCAGAUUCCGAAAGGCAGUACUCCAAAAACACCAGAUUGGUACAAUCCAGAGCGUGCUGGUAUUCAUGGGCCUCCAGUUAUAAUUGAAGGAAGUGAAUAUUGGUUUGUUGCUGAUCCUCACUUAAAUUAUGAAGAAGCUGUCCUGUACUGUGCUAGCAAUCACAGCUUUCUUGCUACCCUGACAUCUUUUACAGAACUAAAAGCCAUCAAAAACAAAAUAGCAAAUAUAUCUGAUGUGGAACAAAAGUGGUGGGUGAGAACUAAUGAUCAGCGUAUACACCAUCGUUAUAUAUACUCGCGACAUCCAUGGCACCACUUUCCAAUGAUAUCUGGGGAGGAAUGCUUGUACAUGUCUGCCAAAACUUGGCUUACUGACUUAAGUAAACCAACAGACUGUAGAACCAAGUUGCCCUUCAUCUGUGAAAAAUACAAUGUAUCUUCAUUAGAAAAAUAUAGUUCAAGUACUGCAGCUAAAGUACAAUGUUCUGAGCCUUGGAUUCCUUUUCAGAAUAAGUGCUUUCUGAAGAUCACAUCUAAAUCUGUUACAUUUUCUCAAGCAAGCGACGUCUGUCAAUCCUAUGGUGGGACUCUUCCCUCAGUGUUAAGCCAGAGUGAACAAGAUUUUAUUACAUCCUUGCUUCCGAGUAUGGAAACUGAUCUGUGGAUUGGUCUGCGGUGGACUGCCUAUGAAAAGAUCGGCAAAUGGACGGAUAACAGAGAGUUGACAUACAACAACUUUCACCCAUUGCUGAUUGAUUGGAGGCUGAGAAUGCCAGAAAGGUUUUUUGACGAAGAUUCCCACUACCACUGUGCACUGAUACUCAACUUCCCAAAGUCACCUUUUACUGGGACGUGGAAUUUUACUUCCUGUGCUGAACGCCAUUCUGUGUCUCUGUGUCAGAAAUAUUCAGAAGUUAAAGACAGACGGCCUUUGCCAAAUACUUCAGAGACCAUAAAAUAUUUAAAUAACCUGUACAAAAUAAUCCCAAAGACUCUAACUUGGUAUAAUGCACAAAGGGAGUGUGCAAAGGAGAAAAUGCGCCUGGUGACCAUCACUGACCCUUACCAGCAGGCCUUCCUCACCGUGCAGGUCGUGCUCUGGAACUCUUCCUUCUGGAUUGGACUCUCCAGUCAAGACGAUGAACGCAACUUUGGUUGGUCAGAUGGGAAACGUCUUCAUUUUAGUCGCUGGGCUGAAAAUAGCAAACAACUUGAAGACUGUGUGAUAUUAGACACUGAUGGAUUCUGGAAAACAGCUGAUUGCAAUGAUAAUCAGCCAGGUGCUAUUUGUUACUAUCCAGGAAAUGAAACUGAGGUUAAGCCAGUUGACAAAGUUAAAUGUCCAUCGCCUGCUCUAAAUACCCCAUGGAUACCAUUUCAGAACUCUUGCUACCAUUUCAUGUUAACAAAAAAUAGACAUACAGCAAUGACACAAGAUGAAGUUCAUUCCAAAUGCCAAAAAAUGAAUUCAAGAUCACAUAUUCUAAAUAUUCGAAAUGAAAAAGAGAAUGAGUUUGUGCUUGAGCAACUUCUGCACUUCAACUACAUGGCUUCAUGGGUCUUGUUGGGCAUAACUUAUGAAAAUAAUUCCCUGAUGUGGUUUGAUAAAACCAUGCUGUCAUAUACACACUGGAGAACAGGAAGACCAACUGUAAAAAACGGCAAGUUUUUGGCUGGUUUGAAUGUGGAUGGCCUCUGGGAUAUUCAAACCUUUAAUGUUAUUGAAGAAAUACUUCCCUUUUACCAGCACAGCAUUCUUGCUUGUAAAAUUGAAAUGGUUGACUACAAGGAAGAGUAUAAUACUACGCUGCCACAGUUUAUUCCAUAUGAAGAUGAUGUUUAUAAUGUUAUUCAGAAAAAGGUAACAUGGUAUGAAGCACUGAACACAUGUUCUCAAAGUGGAGGUUAUUUGGCAAGUGUUCAUAACCAAAAUGGCCAGCGCUUUCUGGAAGAUAUUGUAAAGCGUGAUGGGUUUCCACUAUGGGUUGGACUGUCAAGUCACGACGGAAGUGAAUCAAGUUUUGAAUGGUCUGAUGGUAGUGCACUUGACUACAUCCCAUGGAAAAAUCAAAAAUCUCCUGGAAAUUGUGUGAUUUUAGAUCCAAAAGGAAUUUGGAAACAUGAAAAAUGCAACUCUGUUAAGGAUGGUGCUAUUUGUUAUAAAUCUACAAAACCAAAAGAGUUGUCCCUGCAUACACAUUCAUCCAGAUGUCCAGCAGCAAAAGAAAACAGGUCGCAGUGGAUCCAGUAUGGAGGUCACUGCUACGCCACUGACCAGGCACUGCACAGUUUCUCGGAGGCCAAACAAUUGUGUCGAGAACUCGAUCAUUCUGCAACUAUUGUCAGUAUAAAGGAUGAAAAUGAGAAUAAAUUUGUGAGCAGAUUGAUGAGGGAAAAUAAUAACAUUACCAUGAGAGUUUGGCUUGGAUUAUUUCAACAUUCUGUUGAUCAGUCUUGGAAUUGGUUUGAUGGAUCAGGAGUGACAUUUGUUAAGUGGGAAAAUAAAAGUAAGAGUGGUGAUGGAAAAUGUACCAUCUUAUUAGCUUCAAAUGAAACUUGGAAAAAAGUUGAAUGCUCACACGGCUAUGGAAGAGUUGUCUGCAAAGUUCCCCUGGGUCCUGAUUACAAAGCAAUAAGCAUCACAUUUGCCGUGCUCAGCUGCCUGGCUCUCAUCAGUGGACUGAUUUGGUUUCUCUUCCAAAGAAACCGUUUUCGGUGGGCAGGCUCCUCAUCAGUUCGGUAUGAACAAGGAAUGAAUGAAGAUGAGAUUGUGUUUCCUUUUUUCCAUGACUAAAUCCUCCUAAAAGAUUGCUUAUUUGCACUAAUGUGUUAGGGAAAAUGAGCCACUUAAAAUUUUCCCAGGGUCAGUGUUUACUAUGUUCCAAAGUAGAAGUCUUAAGGACUUCUUCAGUUGGCUACUUACUAUGUUGGUCUACACAAUCAUCUACCAAAUGCCAUGUCUAAAACUACUUACUAGAAUUGGGUGGGCUAGAAGCCAGAACUAAAGUCUACAUCAUUUAUAGGAUAAUAGAUCCAAUUAAUGUGACUAUUUCUGUAAGAAUGUGGUGGUAACUAGGAUAUGCAUAUAUUUUAAUGGCAUUUUUCACAUAACUUAGAAAAUUUAAACUGCCAUAUUACUGGAUCACAUAUCUAUCUUUCAAUUUUGUUGUUGUUGUUGUUUGGUACCAGGGAUCCAACUCACAGCUGCACGCUUGCAAGGCAAGUGCUUAUGCUGCUGAGCUAAAUCCCCAACUACCUUUUAAUUUUCAAGAGCAUCUGGCAAAUGCAAAAUUAGUACCUACAAAUAAAAACUCCUCUAUCAAUAGUAGCAACAUUACUUCAAAAUAGCCAUUUGUAACAUUAGGGAAUUACUAUUAAACAAUGUGAAUUGUAUACCUUUUACACAGCAAAAUGAUGCCUCUUGGCAAGAUGCUUCUUAUACUACUCCAAAGAUAUUUUAUACCAAUGUUAUUUAAAUGUAUAUGUUUUUAUUCAUAAACAUCUUUAAAGAAGAUUUAGUACUGAAAGUUUCUGAAAUGUGAGAACAUUAUUGUUAGAUUGAUUGAAACCCUGUAGCAAUGUAUUUUUGCUUCCUGAUUAAAAACAUGACUGUUUAAAGGGACUCAACUAGGGAAGUGACUAUUUGAAAAUUUUACAAUUUUUAUAUCUUUCAUAUUCAUAUUUUAUAUCUUUUAAUACUCACUUUUUUAUAUUGGGGAUUAAGCCCAUGGUAUCACACAUGCUAAGCAUGUACUGUACUACUGAGCUACACCCUAAGCCCAUUUUAUCUUUUUAAUUUGAGACAGAGUUUGCUAAGUUGCCCAGUUUGACCUCAAACAUGUGAUACUCAUGUCUUAGAUUCCUGAGUACCUAGGGUUACAGGAGUGCCACACUAUGUACAGCUAACAUGUUAACCUUUGACUAAAAUUUUAAAAAUUAAUUUAUUGCCUUUUUAGAAGAAUUAACCAGAGAAGGUGGCUGUGAAAAAAAUUAUAUAAAUCGCGUUUGUAAAAAUGAGAGAAUAUUACAGUGAAACUGUGAGUUUAGUGAUCAUCACUAAACUAUUUAAGAUUUUGUAGUAAUACUUUCAAUUUUACCACAUAGAAUAUAUAGCCUUAAUUCUAGUUUCACUAGAUAUAGUGAAUGUUUUAUUGAGUUUUUAAUUUAUAUUUGUAAUUUAGAGUAUUUUUGUAUAAAAGCAUAAAUUUAAAUUUAAAGCAUAGAUACUAUCAUAAUGCUAUAAAUACUUUUCUAGGACAAUUUUAAUGUAGUCUAAAGUGCUGUAAAGUAUUUUAUUGAAGAAGCUUUCAUAUUUUACUUCUUUUGACCUGUAAUUUGUACAAUUUUAGUCAAUAAGACUUUUCAUGUCAAGAACAGCUGUAACAGUGAUGAUAGAGUUGUUUUCUUUUAUCUUUAAGUAAAUGUACCAAAAUUGAACCUUCUUGAAUAAAAAUACUUUUAGAUUGUGCUUUAUUCUGGUAUAUUUAUUCUGGUAUGAUGAGUAUAAAGUGUCUUGCUAUUAAAAAUUUUAUGGGCACUUUUUAAGAAUAAACAAAAUCAUUCCUACA